AUGCCUUCUUGCCUCAAAUCCAUGUCCACAUUUCUUUGCUCUCUUCUACUUUAUUCCCUCUGCUUGACAUACUCAAUCGAAUCCACUGGCGACCUCACCUUCAACUUCAUCCACCGUGACUCGCACCGCUCACCUUCGUACGACCCCUCCAUCACUCGUUUCCAACGCCUACGACACGCGGUCGACCGCUCCCUGUCAAGAAAAUCCUCGCUGAUUGCCUUGCGUUCAAAAUCAUCGACAGAGUCCAUAGUCGCUCCGAUCAUCCCUUCGGACUAUGAGUACCUGAUGAAGAUCAAAAUCGGGACGCCCCCGGCUGAGCAGCUAGCCAUCGCUGACACGGGAAGCGACCUAACAUGGACCCAAUGCAAACUAUGCACAGAGUGCUUCAACCAAACUCUCCCACUCUUCGACCCAUCUCAGUCCUCGUCUUACCGCCCAGUCCCCGUCGGCGAGCUUGCAACGGAAAUCCUAACCUUCGACGGAGGCGUGUCCUUCCCAAAAUUCGCCUUCGGCUGCGGCUUCGAUAACGGUGGCUCUUUCAGCUACGGGUCCGGGAUCGUCGGCCUCGGCGGCGGCUCGAUCUCCAUCAUAAACCAGCUAAACACCUCCAUAGGCGGGAAAUUCUCUUACUGCUUGCCAUUGCUUGACUCCAAUGCCACCAGCAAGAUCAGCUUCGGCAGCAGCGCCGUCGUGGCCGGGCCUAAAGUCGUCUCCACGCUACUAGUAAAGAAAUCACCACCAGACACAUUCUACUACCUCACAUUGGAAGGACUCAGCGUUGGGCUAGACAGUAUCGCCAACGCUGAGCCUGAGUUGCCCUCGUUGGGGUCCAACGAGGGCAACAUGAUCAUUGACUUAGGGACGACACUGUCGUUCGUCCCUGAUGAGAUAUAUAACAGGGUGGAGGCGAUGCUCGAGGGUGCGGUCAAGGGCGAGCGCGUGGAGGCUCCACCAGAGCCGUUCCAGAUGUGCUAUAGGAUGGAGGAUGGGUUCAGUUCACCGCCUGUCACAGCUCAUUUCAAGAAUGCGAACGUGGUUUUGGUACAAGAGGGUGUUUUUUUGGAGGUGGAGAAAGGGAUUGUUUGUUUGACGCUGAUACCUGCAGGAGGGGAUAUUGGUGUGUUUGGGAAUUUGCAUCAGAUGAAUUAUCGGAUUGGGUAUGAUCUUGUCGAGGGACAACUCAGCUUUCUACCUACACAUUGCUCCAACCCACAAUCAAAGCUCAUGUAA